AGCAUGGGCUAGGAACUUACAUGGUCACAUGGGAUUUUAGGAUCAGUCUGAGAUUCAUUAAAAACAUUUUAAUUAUUUACGAAGGAUUACGUUUUUGGAGUUAAUGAUUUGUGAGUUUGCUGGAGGUCAGUGGCAUGUAUUGCUCUGUAUCUCAGUAUGAAAUAGGCCAUUCGUUCAGGUUGGCUAAUGAGGAGUACGACAUAUGCUGAACGUUCGGGAUACCAAGAUACAGCAGCAAAGCGUCCACCAUCUGGAUUCUAAUAUGAUGCUCAAGAAGGUCCGAUUUCAGGAUCCUCAUGUCCCGGAGCGAGUAAGUGAAAACACGUUGGUCAUGGAUAGUUUGAACCAAAAUCUUACCAUUGGACACCAGUCUCAUCAAGUGCUCCAGAGCACUCCACUGGAUUUGAUUGAGACUGGGAAAGCCCUGAAGGUCCAAGCAGAGCGCCCCCAUUUGGUUAGUCUAGGAAGUGGCCGUCUCAGUACAGCCAUCACCCUCUUACCCCUGCCUGAAGGCAAGACCACUCUGGGUCACGAAACCAUGGACAUCAACAUCCAGGGCCCAGGGAUCGCAGCUCAGCACUGCUUUAUCGAAAACAAGGCAGGACUCAUCACUCUGCACCCCUGUGGAAAUCAGUGUAGCAUGGACGGACUGCCGGUCACCAAACCUGUGCGCCUGUCUCAAGGCUGUAUGCUGUGUUUCGGCCAAUCCGCCUUCUUCCGUUUCAACCACCCUGAGGAGGCUUUCCGAAUGAAAAGCAUGAUGCCUGAGGGAGGACAGACAGCCAGUGUGAAAAACUGGGCCCACACAGAUUCCGAGAACCUGGUCAAUGGGAACCACUCGUCAGGAGUGCCAAAAUCUCACUUGGUCUCCAACGAGAGAGUGCGCCCUGAGCACAGUGCCAUCGUCAGUUCCAUUGAGAAAGACCUUCAGGACAUUAUGGACUCAUUAGUCAUGGAUGACCCUCAGCCCUCUUCCUCCGAGUCAAAGAAGCCCUCUGGUCAGCCCAUCUCCCAGUCUCCCUUGUCCCCCAUGUUAAAUGGAGGGGGGCGCUUCCUUCUCUCACCCCCAAUGAGCCCUGGUGCUAUGUCUGUGGGCUCCAGUUAUGAGAAUACCUCCCCUCCUUUCUCUCCUCUCUCAUCCCCAUCAGCUGCCAGCAGUGGCAGCUACACCAGUAUUUCUCCGAGUGGUUGUCAGGACCAGCUUCACACGCUUCCUCCUGUACCAGUGAGGUCUUCUAGUUACAAUUACAUCAGCCAGCCACCCAUACCUCAGCCACGGACCAUACUGCCAAGCUAUUCAGGUGGUAACAGUGGGUCAAAGGUGCCUGAGAGUCCCAGACUCCAGCGAAAGGCUCUUUUAGAAGCACCGCCAAGCCCAAAGCCAAGUCGUAGGGGGUUGAACCAAGACAGCUCGGUGGCUAAAACCCCAGACAGCCCCAUACAGACUCACAUUCUGCCCUCAGUCUCCAUCUCUAUUGCUCAAACUGAUUACCCAUCUGUCAGUCGGGUUCCAGUUCCAGGCAGUCCCAGACUGACCCCCAAAUUCUCCACUGCAUCCCCAUCCUCCUCACCUUCUAGCCUUAGAACCAAAACUGCCAUUGUUCUACAGGAUCGGCCCUCAAGUCCUUUCCGGGAGCAGCCUCAGCCAGAUCGCUCCUUGACCUCUAGCCCCUCUAACCAGCUCUCCCCACCCUCACGAUCUUUCCAGCCCCCUUUGGACCCCAUUGUCCACAUCAUUCAGGGUGGACCUCCACACCCGCAUCCUCGCACAUUGCAGCCUCCAGAAAGUCCGCGGCUGGCCCGCAGGAACCUUGAAGGGAGUAGCAUGAGGGAGCUUCCCCCUCUUAGCCCCUCCAUAGCUCGCAGGGGGGUUCCUGUGCUCCCUGGAGCUCUACCAGGAACCCUGCGGACUCCAGAGAGUCCAUCCCCAAGAAUGGUGCCAGAGAGUCCCAGACUCAGGCGGAAAGCAGGGUCUCCUACAGAAGAACCAUUCAGCCCUCGUGGGAUACGUGCUCGUAGUCCUUCACCCACUUCUGGACUGAUGGGGGAAGGCAAUGGAUGGAAGGGCAGUUUUGGGAACUCGCUCUCUUCUGCCUUUAGCCUGGGUUCUCUGCCUGGGUCAUCGCCCCGAUCCAGUCCCAGGAGCCACAGAAAGAUGUCAGCGGGCCACAGGGACCUCCGGAUGCCUCACCCUGGUAUGAGGGAGCGCAAAAAUAGCAUCACAGAGAUCAGCGACAAUGAGGAUGACCUUCUGGAGUACCACCGGCGCCAAAGAGAAGAACGACUCAGGGAGCAAGAAAUGGAGAGGCUGGAACGGCAGCGGCUGGAAACAAUCUUGAACCUCUGUGCCGAGUAUAACAAGGGAGACGGGCCGGCGGGAGAUCUGGGGCUUGGCUCAAGGGACGGGCUUAACGUCAGACGUCCUUCCUUGGACAGUGUGAGCAGUGCUUCCCUAAGGGUGACGCAGAGACAUCGUCAAAGCCAAGAGGAGAACCUGAAGGAGGACAGCAGUAACACUGAGAGUGCACAGCAGGACGGACGGACCCCACCAGCUCUGCUAAAUGGACAAAAUGGACAGGCAGAGGACUCUCUGGGAUCGGGCAGCGUUGGCCGUCUGGAACUGGGAUACCUGGAGGAGGAGCGGGUUCGAGUGCUGGCAAAGGUAGAUGAGCUCAAAGCUCGAAUCACAGAACUGGAGCAGCAACUUCAGGAGUCCAAACAGGAGGCGGAGAUGGAAAGAGCUCUGCUGCAGGGAGAAAGACAGGCCGAGCUGGAGCAAAUUGAGGCUGAGACAGAGAUUAUCAACCAGCUGCAGCGCAAACUCAGUGAACUGGAGAGCACCAUUCAGAGAGAGAAAGACAAGGAGAAGGCUAAUGUUGAGGCGGAGCGGGAAGCCCUGAAGAGGCUUCAGGAUGAGUACAAUGAGUUGACGAGCCAGCUUCAUAACUGCCCUGAGUCUCUGAGGGAGCAGUUACAGGAACAACUCAAGAGGGAAGCUGAGACCAUUGAGGUUGCAACUAAGCAGUUUGAGGACUUGGAGUUCCAGCAGUUAGAGAAGGAGAGCAGUCUAGAGGAGGAGCGCGAGACCAUCACCCAGCAGCUGCUGCAGGACAGAGCUCAGUACCACAGCAGCAUCACCAAAAGAAAGGAAAAAGUUGUGGCAUUGGAAAGCCAGGCCAGUCAGUUGGGAAUACAGGCCACUCAGGAGUGUGAGAGACUGGCCAAGGACAGAAGUAUGACCUUGCAACUGCUACAGAAGGAAAAGGAAAGGCUAGCUAAUCUGGAGAGAAGAUACCAGAGUUUAACUGGUGGAAAGACGUUCCCCAAAAGCUCCAACACUAUAAAAGAGGAUGUGCUUCACAUCAGCGAGGCUGACCUGUUAGACGAUGACCACCCCUACUCCUCCCCCUUUCAUGCUUCCUCAUUCCACUCAUAUCCCAUGGUGCCUCAGGAGGAGUACUUGAAGCUGUCGGAUGUUUAUAAGAUGUAUGGGAGUGAUUGCCAUGACAUCCAGCUCACCAACGCUUCCUCACACGGCCUCUCGCUUGCCCUUGACCCAGCUGUAACUGCCCCCCGUGAGGAGUAUGUGACCGUCGGCCAAUUAAACCAGAUCUAUGGGAUGCCGAAGGUGGAGUCUUCCCCUACCUCACCCAUCCAAUUACUUCAGUCUUCUCUCGCAGACUCCGCCUUCUCCUACCUCCCUUCCCCUCACGGCUCUUUCCUCUCUCUCUCCUUCGAGUGUCAGUCGGACUGGGGCAGGCUUCAGAUGCCCGCUCUAGAUUUAGAGUGCUGGUACCAGGAGGUAAUGGCAGCUGGAGAUGCAAACCAUCUCUGCCCUCCUCCUCCCCUCCCGGCUAAAGCUUUCUCAUCACGCAAGCCUGCGCAGGUGUACCGCUCUCGACUGGACAGUGAUGCAAGCCAAUCAUCACUGAGACCUAAAAUCAGCGCUGGUCUGUCCCCCACAUACACUACGGCUACACUGGGACGCAACACUCCUGCCAGGAGUCCUCUGAUGGUAGCCAACAGCACCGGGAGUCUCCCACGCAACCUGGCAGCCACCCUGCAGGACAUUGAGACCAAAAGACAGCUGGCUCUUCAGCAGAAAGGCCAGCAAGUGAUUGAGGAGCAGCGGAGGCGUUUGGCCGAGCUGAAGCAGAAAGCUGCAGUAGAGGCUCAGUGCCAGUGGGAGGCGCUACAUGGCUCUCAAACGCAGAUCAACAGUCCCUUUUCUUCAACCUCGGGGCCAGUCGUGCACCACUCUUGUGAGUGUGUGCACAGUGCCAGUGGUAUGGAUGCGUUGAAGAUUGAGGAGAUGGAGAAGAUGUUGAAAGAGGCACAACUGGAGAAAGCUCGACUCAUAGAGUCCAGAGAACGAGAGACUCAGACCCGUAAACUCAUGCUAGAGGAGGAGAGAAGAAGAAGAGAGGAGGCGGAGAAGAGACUGCAGGAGGAGACGAUACAUAGACAGCAGCUGAUAGAGAAGGAGGUGAAGAUGAGGGCCAGAAACUUCUCUCAGGCCCGCCCGAUGACCCGAUACCUGCCCAUUCGCAAAGAGGAGUUUGACCUCCGUUCCCACAUCGAGUCUUCAGGUCACAGUGUGGACACGUGCUACCACGUGAUUCUCACCGAAAAGAUGUGCAAGGGCUAUCUUGUCAAGAUGGGAGGAAAGAUCAAAUCCUGGAAGAAGCGCUGGUUCGUCUUUGAUCGCCUUAAAAGGACGUUUUCCUACUACGCCGAUAAACAUGAGAGCAAAUUGAAGGGCGUCAUCUACUUCCAGGCUAUCGAGGAGGUUUACUAUGAUCACCUGCGCAGUGCCACAAAGAGCCCCAACCCCUCCCUGACCUUCUGCGUGAAGACCCACGACAGACUGUAUUACAUGGUGGCCCCGUCCGCAGAGGCCAUGAGGAUAUGGAUGGAUGUGAUAGUGACAGGAGCCGAGGGCUACACGCAGUUCAUGAACUGAGACAAAACCCACUAUACGGAAUAAUACGGAAACUAUUCGGCAGGGAGACUUCAAAUGACCCAGACCUGUUAUUCCCAACGAGAGGAAAAACUUUAUUUUGUUACUUCCUUUUUUUCUUCUUCUCGAGUUUCCUGAAGAUGUUAUAUAUUCACUCAGAUGCAGAGACAGAUAUCCACCAGAGGCUUUCCACGUCUGCCUGGAUUGAAAAAGGGAGAAGACGAAAAGACCCAGUGAACCAAACCUGCAGGUGGUGGCUCACUCACCAUCGACGAAAAUGCCUUUUUGCCGUCAGAGAUAUUUUUCAGUUGCAGCUCAGUUUAUCUUGUCUGGAUGCGCAGAAACGUGACUUUCAUUUGUAAAGUUUGUCCCACGAUUUGUCUUUUCAAACGUAAUGGGAAAAAUGCCAAAUGCCAUCAAGCCAUUCUGGAAUAGUAUUGCCCUGCAUACUUGAUGGGAUUGACUGACCCGGAAUGACUAGAGGAUAUAAAUGAACUGCAGUACAUUUAAAUGAUGUUUUAAAUUAAAUGGAGCAUUACAUUCACAUUUAAAGAUCCGAUGUCACAGAAACAAAGGCUUAAUUCACCAAAGCUCACCUACCAGCUCAGGAGUCUAUAUUUAUUAUAGAGGGACAUCAGCGACUCCUGUCCAACUUUAUCCCACUGUGUCUCUGUGUUCCCAGCUCAUUCUUUUAGAUGCAGAACCACAAAUGCAUGCACACACACACACACACACACCACGUACAACAGUAGAGUCUAUUUGCCAAGUCCUGACAACUUGAUAUUGUGAUUCGACUCCCUAGGGAGGCAGCCAUCACCUAUCACUGCCAGCCUACGAGAGUUUGGAAUUAUUGCCACAAACAAGAGAAAAAUAAACAACAUCAUAAUCAUGCAGUGCCUUGAUAAUGACCCAUAUUUGUCACUUUUAGUAUCUGAAAUAUUACACUAGUGAAAAAUACUGUAGCUGGAAUCACAGUUAAGGUGCGGCCACAUUAAUGAAAUUUUAAGAGUAAAAAAAGUCGAUUGUCAAUUGUAUAGUGAUGUAUAAAGCACAGCUCACACAGAAGUCACGUUCAAAACAAGCAAGUUUUCCGGCUUUCAAUGCAGCGAAUUUGAAUCGGUUUAGAAAUCUGCUUUGGAAAUUCUUUUGUCAUCAUCGAAAUUCCAGAUUGCAUGGAUGCCUAUUGAAAUUCGCCUGGAUUUCACCUGCGAAAAUUCACAGAACAACAGUAAAUUAGUGCAAAUUUUGUGAAAAUUACACAGGCAAAAAAAACAAUUCAAUUGUCUACUGUCAGUAGUGUAGCGGUGUUGGUCAGCAUGAUGAAUUCACUUAGCCGACUUGAAUAAGUUUCGAAAUCUGCAUUGGGAAACCUCUCGCCAUCAUGCGAAAUUCCCAAUUACACUGAUGCCUAUUGAAAUUCGCCUGCCAAAAUUCACUGACCAACAGUAAAUUAGUGAAAAGUUUGUGAAAAUUGCGUAGGCUGUCAAUAGUGUAGUGAUGCAUGAAGUACAGCUCACACAGAAGUCAAGCCAGGAAGCAUUAUGUUGGUUGAAUUCAUGUGACCAUCUGAACCCGUGGCGAAAUCUGAAUGAGAAAUCUUUCAUUGUCACGCGAAAUUCCCAAAUACAUGGGUGCCUAUUGGAAAUGACUGGAUUUUGUCUGCAAACAUUUGCUAAACAUCAGUAAAUUAGCGAAAAUUGGCAAAAAAUUGGCAAAAUUUCUAAAGGCAAAAGAGGUCAAAUGUUUACGGUCUAUAGAGUAGCGAUGCAUCAAGCACAGCUCGCACGGAAGUCUUUUUUUAAACCAAGCAGCUUUAUGUUGGCUGAACUCACAUGACCAGCUGAACCUGUUGCGAAAUCUGGGCAGGGAAAUCUUUCGCCGUCACACGAAAUUCCAGAACAUGUGGAUUCCUAUCGAAAUGACUGGAUUUCGCCUGCAAAAAUUCACAGAGCAACAAUAAAUGUGACCGCACCUUUAUUCCAUGUGAUACAUAGUGGGUUUUACUGUUCUAAGAGAUUGUGAACAGACACGUACUGUAAU